AUGUCGGACACCAAGGAUGGUUGUACAGAGGUAGAAGUGCUGAUCCAUGGCAAGGACACCCUAAACGACAUGCCUAAUGAGAAGCGCUCUCGAAUAGCGGGAACCCAUGACGACGGUCUUUUUGACACGGAGAAUCCACGCCUCAGGCUCAGUCUGCUUCUUGCGCUGCCGCUGGAAGUGAUGUUGGAGAUAAUUUCGCUCCUGAAGCCAUUGGACUUGGCAAACCUUGCGCAGACCGACAAAGCAUUUCGGGCGAUGAUCAUGUCCCCUCUCGCUUCCAAGACGUGGACAGCAGCGAGAAAGUUCGCCGGAAACGCCCCUGAGUGCCCGCCGCGCGUGUCAGAGGUCUCUUGGGCAAGGUUCCUCUACGGCUCAACUAAAUGGUAA